AAGUGGGGAACUUGCAAUUUUCAGCGCCUGUAGCUCAGUGGAUAGAGCAUCUGUUUCCUAAGCAGAGUUCGACCCCUACCUGACGCGGGAAGUUAACAUUCUCCUCUUUUUUUUCCCCCCAAUUAUCUGCCCGUCAAUCCAAGCAUGAAGCAACAACGGAGUCCCUCCAAACUCUUAUCGAACAAUGAACCUAAAUCCGACUCCAUGCAUUUUGCAUGGGCAACCAAGCAUCACCCAGCUCUCCUUGGCUUGCACCAUCAACAAGUAUAUGUGUGGUGUUUGCUGAACUUUGAAGGCCCGAACCAACUCCCUCUUCAUUUCUUCAAAUAAAGAAUGUCAAUAGUUGCAGAAGCACCAGGUUACUUGCAAAUCUUUGCCGAUGGAUCUGUGGAACGCUUUACACCUGGAAUAGUCUCUGUAGAAUCAGAAAGCUCACCCAUUGGGUACAAGUUCAAGGAUAUUGUCGUUGACCCAUCAAAGCCAAUAACAGCAAGGUUGUUCCUUCCUGAUACUGCUCAGGAAUCCAUCACACAUUAUCUUCCUGUUAUGGUUUAUUUUCAUGGUGGUGGUUUUUGUAUUGGAUCCACUACAUGGGUUGGAUAUCAUUAUUUCCUCGGAGAUUUCUCUGUUGCCUCACAAUCUAUCAUUCUCUCUAUCGACUACCGUUUAGCACCCGAGAAUCGCCUCCCCAUAGCUUAUGAAGACUGUUACAGCUCACUUGAAUGGCUGAAUCAUCAAGCUGGGUCCGAACCCUGGCUCAAGCAAGCUGAUCUUUCACGGGUCUUCCUCUCCGGUGACAGCGCUGGAGGAAACAUUGCACACCAUGUCGCCGUAAAAGCAAUGAGAAAUAACAAAUUCUGUGACAUUAAAAUCAAAGGGUUGUUAUUGAUACACCCUUAUUUUGGGAGCGAAAACAGGACUAAGAACGAGAUGGCUGAUGAUGCAGAAGGAGAUGUAAAGAUGAACGAUAUGUUUUGGCGAUUGAGCAUUCCAGAAGGAUCGAAUCGCGACUACUUUGGGUGCAAUUUUGAAAUGCAAGAGUUGUCUGCAGUUGAAUGGGGAGAGUUUCCUGGUGUUGUGGUUUAUGUUGCUGGCUUGGAUUUCUUGAAAGAAAGAGGGGUCAUGUAUUAUGAGUUUAUGAGGAACAGAGGAGUAAAAGAUGUGAAGCUCGUGGAAGCAGAGGGAGAGUCGCAUGUGUUUCAUGUUUUCCAUCCCCAAUCUGAUGCAACUCGCUUGCUGCAACAACAAAUGACUUCAUUCAUGAAAAGCUAUUAACAAUUUCAAGUGCCUGUCAACAAUUAAUAAUAAUGCUUCUACAAUAUGAACACAGUGAAUUAUAUUAUUGGAUUCAAAAUCAUCCA